AUGAAAGCGUCCCAAUUACUUCUUUGGGCAGCCGCACUUGCAAGUGCAAAUGCUUUUUCUGUCCCGUAUCUCCGUGAGAUGGAGCAGUUUUUCUUUGGCGUUCUGCCCGAGAUAGAAAUAGGCGCCACGAAGUUCGAGACAUUGCAAGAGCAAAUAGCCGGCUCUGGAGACAUCAACAUCCAGUACGCAUGGAAAGAUCUCAUUUCUGAGGUUGGAGAGGAAAAAGCCGUGCAAUUGUUUAGCAAGUACCAGGAGCUGGAAAAUGUCAAGAAAGACCGUAUGAACAACAAGCACAAUGAGUUUGCUAAGUUAUCGAAAACGCAUACAGAAACCGUCCGGCUGCAAAAGUUUAGCAAUUACGCAUUGCGCGUGUCUGAGUCGGCGCCAGAGAUUUUGGGCUUGGAUACUGUCAAACAGUACACUGGCUAUUUGGAUGUGGAAGACUUGGGCAAGCAUUUCUUCUACUGGUUCUUCGAGUCGAGAAACGACCCAGAAAAUGACCCUGUUAUCUUGUGGUUGAACGGUGGUCCUGGCUGCUCGUCUUCCACGGGAUUGUUCUUUGAGUUGGGCCCUUCGCUGAUUAAUGCCACAUUGCAGCCAGUACGCAAUCCUUUUUCGUGGAACUCAAACGCCUCGGUGAUUUUCUUGGACCAGCCUGUGGGUGUGGGCUACUCCUACACUGACAGCGAGCAGAUUUCAUCCACGGCAGCGGCUGCAAAAGACGUUUACAUCUUCUUGGAGCUUUUCUUCCAGAAGUUUUCGAAAUUCGCUCAGAACAAGUUCCACAUUGCGGGCGAGUCGUACGCGGGCCACUACAUUCCGUCUUUUGCUGCUGAAAUCAUCAACAACGCGGACCGUUCUUUUGACUUGUCCUCGGUCAUGAUUGGAAACGGAAUCACAGACCCUUUGAUCCAAUACAAGUACUACCGCCCCAUGGCUUGCGGCGAAGGCGGAUACAAGCCUGUUUUGGACGUUGAAACUUGCGAGCGCAUGGACAAAGACUACCCCAAAUGUGCUGCUUUGGCUAAGAUUUGCUAUGAUGCUCCUUCGGCUCUCACUUGUGUUCCUGCCACCUACUACUGUAGCUCGCGCCUUGAGAACCCAUACUCGGAGACAGGCUUGAAUCCCUACGACAUUAGAAAGAAGUGCACGGAUGAGGGCGGAAACUGCUAUGUGGAGAUGGACUACUUGGAUGAUUACUUGAACCUUGAUUAUGUCAAGGAAGCUGUGGGUGCUUCCAACAUUGACAUUUUCACUUCUUGUGACGACACGGUUUUCCGCAACUUCAUCCUCUCUGGAGACGAGAUGAAACCGUUCCACCAAUAUGUUGCCGAAUUGUUGGAGAAGGGCGUGCCUGUUCUUUUGUAUGAGGGUGACAAGGACUUCAUUUGCAACUGGUUAGGCAACCACGCAUGGUCUGACGCCUUGGACUAUUCCAAACACGACUUCUUCGAAGUGCAACCUUUGCGUCCAUGGCACACCAAAGAAGGUAAGCUUGCUGGAGAAGUGAAGAACUAUGGUAUUUUCACGUUUUUGCGUGUGUACGAUGCGGGCCACAUGGUUCCUUUUGACCAACCAGUGAACUCGUUGGAUAUGGUGAACCGGUGGAUUGCUGGAGACUAUAGCUUUGGAUAUUAG